UUGUUUUGAUUUCAUUUUGGAUCGGUUUGAAUAAACAGCUGAUUGGUUGUAAAAUAUUUAUGAAAAGUUGGCCCCGAAACGUAUAUUUUCGUUCAUAAUUGCAUACUAGAAGUGUAGUGUAUUUUAAUAAAUAUUCAAACACCAAUCUAUUAGACAAAUUCUGUGUAUACGUUUUCGUUUUAAAUAAUACACAUUUAAAUAGAAUCAGUUUAAAGAUUGAGAUAAGAUAAAGAUCUACUUUUUGCUCACAAAUGGAUAAAAAUACUUUUAAUCUUAUUAUUGGAGUAACAGGAAGUGUAGCUGCUAUAAAACUACCAAUCUUAGAACAAGCUCUAUUGGAUCUAAAUAAAAAUAAUGCAAAUUAUAAGUUUCAGCUCCAUAUUAUUGCAACGGAACAUGCCAAACAUUUUUUUAACACAAAACAAAUAAGUAGUGAUUUCUAUGAUGAUGCAUCUGAAUGGUCGAGUUGGCAAAAGAGAGGAGAUCCCAUUGUGCAUAUAGAGUUGGGUAAAAAAGCAGAUAUGAUGGUUAUUGCUCCUCUUGAUGCUAACACAUUAGCUAAAAUAUCUGUGGGUAUAUGUGACAACAUUCUGACCAGCACAGUCAGAGCAUGGGAUAUGUCCAAGCCGCUCUUAUUCUGUCCUGCUAUGAACACCAGAAUGUGGGAACAUCCCAUCACGGCCAAGCAGAUAGCAACUCUAAGAGAAUGGGGUUAUGAAGAAAUUCCGCCAAUAAGCAAGACAUUGAUGUGUGGAGACACUGGAGUGGGGGCCAUGGCUGAGGUGCAAACUAUUGUGGAGAAAAUUAAGAGCAAAGCUGAUCAAUUAUAUAAAGUUUAACAGUGAUUUUAUACAGUUUUUGUAUAUUUUUAUAUGGUCUUUAUAAAUAAAAUUCUAUUAAGGGA